AUUUGUUAUGAUGCGUAACCAUGGCAACAAUCUGGUUUACAAUCGGGAGCAGCUGAUUAACAUGGGAAAGGCUGAAAUAAUACCUCAACUGAAGCCACAAAUCCCAAAUGAGCUAAAACGCAAUGGUUUAAGUACGCAGCAGGAACACAAAGACUAGUGUUUGCUGAAAACAUCUAGAUGAUCUCCAAAACUGUACCUGAACUUUCUGGAAGGUGUGAACUCAGGUGUAAAAGUAGGAAGAGAAAUCCUCACAAGCAGUAAAACAUGGUAGCGGUAGUGUGAUGGUCUGGGUAUCUUCUGUUGGGUCCAGGAGCGUAUUGGGAUGAAAAUUCAGCCCUGAAACAUCUCCAUCUGUCCGUCAGAGCCAGGGGGAGGAGCUUAGUGCAGACGCCAGCCUGAAGCACACCCAUCGGCCAUGGGAUUCUCCAGGACUCAGAUUGCCAGUCCACUUCUGUUUGGGUUCAGACCUGUACACUUGAGUUCUUCAGCAGAAGGACAUUACUAACCCUCACCGGACCAGGUAGGUUCAUCUCUGAAUGAAGACUAUUCCUAACCUAGGUGGUCCAGGCAGGAAGCCCUCCAGUCAGACUGAAUUAGAACAAUUCUAUUAAGAUGCAGGAGAUAAGAUUAACCAAUAGCAGAAUAAGACUUAUAACCAGUAGUUUCUGCUGCUGGUAACCCUAACCUACUAGUUACUGUGGUUAGGAGGUGAUGAUGACUCCAGGUAUAACCUGUGGGUUCAGGUUUAUUUCCUCCAUAACAAACAUCUUUUUUGUUUGGUUUAUCUCUGUAUGAGUUAUGUUAAUGGGACAAACUGAUGAGUAGUUAUUGAUAACUGAUUAUUAGUUACUGAUAACUCAUUAGUAGUAGAGGUGGGAAAAAUGAUCGAUUCUAAGAUGCAUCGCGAUUCAGCCGUGCAUGAUUCCGCAUCGAUGCAGCAACGUGACAUAAUGAGAUGGACAAUAAAGUUUUGAGGGUUUUACAAUUACUUCUGGGGGCAGAGUUGCAAUGUCAUGCGCACUGCGUUGCCCUAGCGCCAAUUUAAAACAGAAAAGGUGGACAGGGAUACAGGGCCAACAUUACCAGUAAUCAAAGAUGUACCCGUUACAUUUAAAUCGGAUGUUUGGGCUACAUUCGGUUUUGGGAUCCUGGAUGUGAAAGAAUCACUUAACACAGUAUUUGUUUACUAUUUUUAAGUUCAGUAAUAUUCUAUCUUAAAGCUGCUCUACCGAAAACAUUAUUUCUUAUAUUAUUUAAGUAAUUAUAGGCAGCACACUUUAAAAAUUAUUGCUCACUAUAGUGAACAGAUGAAUGUUCUGUUUUUCAGGGAUUUCGAAAUCAAAAAGAAAUUGAAAACUAUUCUACUGCUUUUAUUAAGUAAUGAAAAUUUUUGUGUGAAGAAUCGAGAUGCAUUUCAGACUCAAAUCGAAUCGUUAGGCAGAUAAUCGGAAUCGGAUCGAAUCGUGAGGCAGGUAGAGAUGCACACCACUAAUUAGUAGUUUAUUAAGGAUUAGCAGGUAUUGUGGAAAUCAAUCCCAUGGCUUCCUGAACAACAGCUUAAUGAUGUAUUACUAAUAUUAAAGUAGGAAUACAUCCAUCACCCUGUUUGUGAGUGACAGGGACGGCGCCAACAUUCUAGCCACGCCCCUUUGUUUAUGAAAAAAAAAAGUUAUCAAAGUCGCUACCUGGAGGCACACCUGUGUGAUGACUGUUAACUUUAUCCUCUCUGACUGGCCACCACAGAAGAAGAAAAGGUAAAACCAAAACGUAUUCUGGUCUGGACUGAGCCUCUCCACCUGUCCAGGUGGUGUUACAGGUGAGUUUACCUGUGUGACGACUCAGACGUGUGGAUGGCACACGGGUCAAAAGGCUUCAUCGGACACACCGGUGUUCUGGACAAGAGGAGCAGGUUCACCGCGCAGGAUGGAGCUCGGACUGAGCUGUGCAAAUGGACAGAAGUCUUCGCAUGGAGGUCUACCAGGAAAACACCCAGAUGGAGCCUCGUGCGUUGUAUAACAGCAUCAUGUCAUGUGAUCAGCUGAUGUCCUCUGGUCUUGUGUCUGCUCUCUUCAGUCAGCAGCAACAGCAGCAACCCAGAGAAACUCGCAGCAUGGAGAGAAAACUGGAUCUAUCCCGUCUGACGGACGAGGAGGCCAAACACGUGUGGGAGGUGAUCCAACGGGACUUUAACCUCCGCAAGAAGGAGGAGGAACGGCUCACAGAGCUGAAGAAUCAGAUAGAGAAGGAGGACACGAAGCGAGAGCUUCUAGGCUCUCAGAGCCAUGUGGCAGACUCCCUGUGCAUCCGCUGCCUGCAGCCCUUCAAGUUCCUGGUCAACAGCAAGCGCCAGUGUCUAGACUGUCACAUGUACACCUGCAAGUCCUGCAGCCGCUACAACAAGAAGGAGCACGGCUGGGUCUGCGACAACUGUCGCAUGAACAGAGUCCUGAAGGUCGGGACCGUCGGCUGGUACCAUGACAACGUGAGGAACCGUUUUAAGCGUUUCGGCAGUGCCAAGGUGAUGAGGUCACUGUACAAGCGUCUAAACGGCGAUGGCGGUCGUGAUGACGACACUCAGAGCAUGCCAGACGUCCGCAGCUACAUGUACAACGGUAACGAGGACGAUCCUGCAGAAACCGAGGCUCAGCGCUACAAGAUGAUGAGGAAGAACAAGCGGCUGCUGUCAGUUCAUCCCAUGGACUUCGAUUCAGAGGAUUAUCUUCCUCACUCCCGCCGCCCGUCUGUGCAGCAGAUGCAGAUGCAGGAGGAGCGCGGCUACAGGAACGAUGCGGAUUACGACCUCUACAACCACCGAGCUAACCGCAGGAAGAGUCUGGACCGUUAUGCCAUGAGGCCAGAUGACUAUGCAGAGAAUCGGAUGGUCCGGACACGCUCUUUGUCUAAGAUCAGCUCUUCUGUGGCUCGGCAGCAGUAUGUUGACACGUCUGAUGAGGAGGAGUACUGUAGAUACCCUCCCAUGUACCAGCAGCAGCCCCCCCACCGCCGCAGAAACAGUAGAGCCUCUUCUCAGGAGAACCUGGGCCAAGCUCCGCCUAUAAACGAACUGAACAAACGAAUGUCAGCCAUCGAGAGUCUGCUGAGCCGUCUGGAGGAGAAGAUGUCACCAGCUGAUGAGGCUUCAACUCCGUCGGGUCAGAAUGAGGAGGAGAAGCUGAGGAGGAAACUAAGUGAGCUGGCAGGGAACCUGAGUGAUAAAGGCCUGUCGUCAGAUGAUGAGGCCAUGAAGAAGACCUUCCCUGCUAGUAAAGGACUACCUGGAAUCAUGAGUGGGCCCGCGGGCCCUCGGGAUGCUCUAAAGGACAAAGAGCUGAGCUCGUCCAGUGAUGAGAUGCCCACAGAGGCUCAGAAGGUGUACAUCACCGCCGGUCAGUCGUACGAUCUGGAAAAGAAGCUUCGGCGACUAGAGCACAGCGCCAAGAACCGUUUUGGAGGGACGACGGACUCUGAUUUGUCGGAGCUGGAGGAUGUGAUGGCGCUGACCGCAGCCCGAGUACAGGGUGCUGAGAGCGAGGUUUCGGACAUCGAGAAUAAAAUCGCUGCUCUAAGCUCCAAGAAAAAGGUUUCUGGAUCUCAUCAGAAGAAGAAGGCCACUUCAGACUUCUCCAAAUCUAAUGGAGCUUCAUGGAGAUCUAACAACAUGUUCUGAUACAGAACGGGUCCUUCUCUGAGCUCCUCUUCCCCUGCCUCCUGCCCCUCCUCCUCAUCACACCACAAUCAGGAGAAAUGGGAGUAAAAUCGUCAAACAAAAAUUUUAAUAAGGAAAAUAAAUAAAUAAAUUGAUGUUUUUUUUAAUGAAAAAUAAAAAAUAAACAUGUUGAUUAAACACACAUAAAACACAAGUAAGAUUAAGUAAACAUGUCAAACUAAAACACAUUAAAAUUACACAAAUACCUAAUCUAAGCUAUUCAUUGAUGUAUAAAUCGGAUUGUGUUCUUUUCUGAUUGUCCUGCUGAUUUAUUGAUUAAACCUCAUUGAUCCUCUGGA